UGAGCAUAAACAUUUCUACGGUGCGGUUCAAAUUUGGUGGCUAAGAGCAUCAAAUGCGUUGCAGUGCGUGCUAAAAAGAUCAAAACGAGAACUUCAAUCAAAUAUAUAAUAUAUAUAUAUAUAAAGUGCUGUGCAUUUGAGCCCCGUUGGCCAAAAGUUGAACGCAAAUCGAGCCAAGUGACAGCAUGAGGUUAGCUGCUAACAGCUAACAGUAACUAAGAGGCCUAUUUAUUUCUACACAUAUAUAUAUUCAUAUAUAUAAAUAAGUUACAUACCUAGUAUCACUGAUCUUGCCUGAUAAUCUACACUGCUACAAAGAUGGCAAUGCAAUAUCACAACUACAACAGCAGCACGCGCUUCGAGAUGGUCGUCGAGAUCGCCAAUAUAGCACUGGAUGAGUUUAAGACCCAUCAUCUCAGUCGCAACUACACGGGCCUCGUGCAGCGCUACUACCAGCUCGUCGAGGAGGAUUACGGCGAUCCUCGUGCAGAACGCUUCCCGCUUAUGGAGCAUCCCCUGUUCACAUUCGGUCUGGUUGCCAUUUAUCUGUCCUGGGUGCUGGUGCUGGGGCCGCUGUUCAUGCGAGAUCGCAAACCCUUCCAGCUGCGCCGCACACUCGUCAUAUACAAUGCCUUCCAGGUGCUGCUCAGCGGCUAUAUGUUCUACGAGCACCUGAUGGCUGGCUGGCUGAACUAUUAUAAUUUGAAGUGCCAACCGGUUGACUAUUCAGAUGGACCCAUGUCCAAGCGGAUGCUCAAUCUGUGCUACAUCUACUAUCUGUCCAAGCUAACCGAGUUCGCAGACACCGUGUUCUUUGUGCUGCGCAAGAAAUCAUCGCAAAUCACCUGGCUGCACGUCUACCAUCAUUCGGUCACCCCACUGGAGACCUGGGUGCUGGUCAAGUUCCUGGCAGGCGGCAAUGCGACAUUCCCCAAUCUGUUGAACAACUUUGUGCAUGUGUGCAUGUACUUCUACUACAUGAUGUCCGCCAUGGGGCCGGAGUACGCCAAAUUCCUCUGGUGGAAGAAAUAUAUGACUGAGCUGCAAAUCGCACAGUUUGUGCUUUGCAUUGUGCACACCACGCGCGCACUCUUCAGCAGUCAAUGCCAGUUCUCGAAGUUCAUAUCGACGCUGCUGUUGAUCAAUGCAUCCAUAUUCUUCUGCCUCUUCAUGAACUUCUAUAUGCAGAGCUACAGGAAGACCAAAGCACAGCAGCUGGAGCAGCAGCAGAAGCAGCAGCAGCAGCAGCAACUGACGGCAGCAACGGCGUUAGCUGACGGCAACAACAACAACAGCAUCGAACUGUCAAAGGAUAAACAGCAGCUGCAGCAGGAGCAGCAAAUCUUGGCGCACAAACUGAAGGCGCUGUAAGACCCAAGGAUGCAGCACAAAUCUACAACAUGCAAAAUGCAAUACAAAUUGGUGUUGGUUCAACAAGCUGGCGAAAAAAAAAAAAAAUCAAAAUUUAGAUUUGGAGUUAGUUUUCGGUACAAAGGUUUAAAUUUAAUUCGAAUGGGGAGCCAUAAAAAUGUUUAGCUAGAACAGCACAGAAAUGCCUAAGGAAUACGAAUAGAAAAAAGCCUAACAAAUUCUGCCAGAAUUUAAGCCAGGGCUUAUGCAAUACAUAAACAUAAAGAUAAAGAUAAAGAUAAAGUAAUUUUUUUUCUGUUUGACCAUAUAGAAACUUUGCUUGAUUGCUUGUCAUUGUAGCUAUGAGAAACUUUCUAGAACUGGGUCAAAUUUAAUGAUCUUAAGUCUAAGUAUAAGUCAUCUAAUUAAGAAUCUGAUAUAUAUAUAUAUAUAUAUAUACAAAAAUAUAUGUAUAAAUAUGUCUAAUUAGCUCAGUUUGGCAAACGUAACUGCUAAGUGUUAAUUGUAAUGUGUAAUUUGUGAGUUUUGUAAAUAGAUUUUGUAAAUGUUAAAUGUUAAAUAUUUGUAGCCGUUAAGCCGUAGCCGUAAGCCAACUAGUCUUAGUUACAAAAUGCGAACGAACAAACAGAGCAAUAAUAAAAGUUAAGACAAAUAUAAAAGAACAACAACAAA